UUAAAACAAUUAAAAAAUAAAUUUCAAAAUCAUAAAUUAUAUACGCUAUACCAAAAAUUGUGGGCCAAUUUUGUCUUUUGUUUGGGAAUAUUUUGUAAUGCCAACGAAGAGCAGCCUUUGUUUUAGUGGCAAAAACAAAAAAUAUAAAAACACUAACAAUAAACAAAAAAAUACUAACACCGGAGACAACGGAAAUAGCGGGGGCAACGACUACGACGGUGCCGGUGCCGGGGACGGAGACGUAAACAAAAACAGUGGCAACAAAAAUUUAUUUAUAUGUACGAUACAUUCCCUAAAACAUUUUCAUUUAAUAAUAGAUUAUACAAUAAAAGACGCAUAAAAUGCAUGGCGUUAAGCGUGUGCUCGUCUUUUGCAUUAUGAUUGUCAUAUUACCGGCAACACUCAUCAUCGUUCCAUUGUAUCUGCGUAAGACGGUUUUUGCAGAUGUCACAUAUCCUGUAGCUGAAUCAGAUAUAAUUGAAAUACGUGAUGGAAUUUCAUCAAUUUUCUGUCAACAGCAUUCACUACAUAUGAGCACUAACUUUAAUGCAUUUCAGUUAAGCAGUAAACCAGAAAUUUCUACAAAUCGUAAACAUAUACGCCUGAAGAAAUCAAUGACAUUACCCGAUGACACACUAGAGUACUGGGGUUUCUUUUUGUUGAAGGGUGCUAAAGUACAUCUGAAAUUUUGUUCCCGCUAUGAUGGUUCCCGAUUACUUGUCGUUAAAGGUCAACGUAAUCUUAAAACUUGUGAUCUACUCGAUCAUAAUACAAACAAAUUAGGGGCAAAUUUCGCACAAGGACAUGAGCAGGUGAAAGUGUUCUUUGAAGAUAUAACGGAGAUAGCAGAAAAUAUACCAGUCGAUGAAGUAGAAAAGAAAAUUUCGCAAGAAACCAGCACAAAUGAUAAAAAAAAUAAUAUGGAAAUAGAAAAUCAUGCGGGUGAAGAUCUUAGUGAUGGCGACUAUAAUUACAAUGACAGUGUAGACACAAGUACGUCAUCCACAACAACUACUAAACGACCGCGUAAAAAACUUAAAAAAGGCACUUUACAUACAGCACGCAAUAAUAGAAAUGAAGAUAUAUCUAACAAUGCAAAUCAUCUCACAACAAACAAUAUAGAUCAUAUAACAACAACUAAAUCAAGUAGUGAUUCGUCUAUAACAACUACAAAUCGUCAACGCCGCCACCAUUCCGCAAAUAAACAUUCAACUACUACUGUAGCCCAGCCAGUUAAUAAAACCGUUCAUAGGCGUCAUCUAAACGACAGUCAACAGCGUAAACAACAGGUUUACGAUCAGCUAUACAAGCAACGCAACAAACGUGAACAAGUUUACGAUCGCAAAUACAGUCACGGUGGUAAUGCUAUAAAUUUUACCGAAACCGAUGAAUCCAAUUCAAUAUCAAGUUUUGAAACUGGUCUGUUCGAAUGCUAUAAUGGUGAUAUACUGUUGGCGGAAGGUUUUGCACCAACGCCCGAUUGCAUAAAUGCACAUUUUCUGGAGAACGGUUCACAUCGUAUGCUGUCAAAACAUCAAAUCACCGAAGAUGGUUAUUAUUACUAUAUUUUCUAUAGUGAUAAUGACCUUGUACGCAAUGAUAUACACGCCAUAUUCGAUAUUUAUAAACCAACGUUUCAAUAUUCAAAUGUCAGUGAUGCACAAGGCUGUGUGAAUGCAACGAACUGUACAUUUUCGAUUGGAUUUCUCUCCGAUGAAAUUGUUGUAGUUGAGGUGCCAACACGCGAUGGUAUCGAACACGAAGAAGACGAUAUAACCUAUUUGAUCUCAACAUGUCAUCCACGUACUGAAAUCUAUGCUAUAUUUCCAAUAAUGGUCCUGAUAUUAAUACUAAGUUGUUCGUUUAUAUAAGAUUCAAUUAUAAGUUCAUUAAAAGUUUAGAAUGAAAAUCGAAAUUCAGACGACAGCCAGUGGUGUAUAGUAUAAAGUUUCGAUAUAUGAUGUGUUUAAGUUAAUAGAGCUGGAUCGCUAUAUAAAUAUAUUAUUGUAAACAAAAUUAAUAUGCUAGGAGCUAAUAACAGCCACAUACAUAUAAUAAAAAUCCAAUACAGUAAACUGUGGAUAGUUUGUAAUGAUGUGCUCGAAAGUAAUAUAAAAAAUAAUGAUUAUUAUUGGAAUGUUUUUUUUUGAACAUUUUCGGGAAUAUAUAUAAUAAUACAUAACAUAGUUUUGGAGAACAUAACUUCAUAAAAUAACAAAAACGUAUCAAAAACGUUGCACGACGAUCCAUAAAAGCAACAACAGUAUUUGAAUAUAUAUAUAAAUAUACAUUGCUAAUAAGUGUUUUCACCAUUAUUUUUUAUAAGAACUACAUAUACGUAAUAUACGUAAUACUGUCAACAACAGCAAUCUGAAUUUCGUUUUUUACUUUGAUCGUGUCUUCAUAUUAUCUGAUAAUGUAUGAAUAACUACCGAUUUUAAAGGUGUUUAAAAUCAAGCAUUAAGCACUAGUAAAACUAUAUGAUUCCAUAAGUAACUCAAAUAAAUUAUAUAAUUCGAUUGAUUACCAUAAAAUGGCUAAUAUUUGUACCGAAGGCUAUUCAGUAUGUAUAUUAUAGCUGACGAAAAAAUGAUGCUCGACAAUUCGAACCUCAACUAACAUAAUACAUUCUAUAAAAUCAUAGAGUAUAUUUUCCAAAACAACUCUCUAUCAACGAUUUCUCAACAUCUUUAAAGAAGGUGAAUAAAGCAUUCUUCCUCAGGAAUAAUACACUACAUACAACUACUACAAAAAUUUCAAGUUCAAAUUGUUAUAGUUAUUACAGCUCUCCUGAGUUAUAAAAUCAGUCCAGCUCGAGUUAAAUAAAUAAGUAAUUUGUCUAUGAACUUCUGAAAGAGUUAAAAACAGCAAUGGAAACAAUUGUUUUAUAAUAUCUUUUCAUAUUAUACAUAUUAAAAUAGUCGUCCCUAUUGUGAAUAAUUAUGCUAUGGAUUUAAGGAACUUUAAAUACAAAAACAAUAAUAACAAUAUUUCUUACUAUAAACAAUUUCAUUAAGUCUUUUAAAAAUGACACGAAGUCCUGGCAUAAAAAACCAACAGCUAUAACAUUUACUAUAAAAAAAAUCUUCUUAAACGUCUACUGCUCAAACGUCCUCUCCUUACCAACUUCAGAUGAAAUAGUCGAGCGUUCUAUUGAAUAAUAACAACAACGAUUAAACUUCCUUUAAACAAUAUUUCUGCAUUUUAUGAAAAUGAUUGAAGACCCUAUUGGAAUAUAGGGUCCCAUUUGUAAAAGAACACUUACUUACUGCUGUGCUUCUGUCCUAGUGAAGCAUAGGGCUUCAUUUGUUAAAGAAUAUGGACUUUUAAAUCGAAAAAGAACAACGACAAUAUCCACUAUUAAAAAAAUUAUAAAGGUUUUUGAAAUGACAAAGGAUUCUGUUAUGAACAAUCUUCUAAUGGAUUAUUGGAGUUUAUGGGUGAAUAACAACAACAAAGAUCGAUCGCUUGCUUUUAAAAAAGUUGAUUUAAUUUUUUAUAAAAUUAAUCCAAAAUUUAAAUAUGAUUAAUAUUUAUACAAAGUUGAAGAGCAUUAAAGCAAGUAACACUUGUCGUUAAUAACUACUAACCAAUUUUAUUUUAAUAAUUCGGAUAUGUUAUUACUAUGGAUAAAGAUUCUCGACAACACUUGCUGUAAAAAGUUAUGUAAAUUUUAUAAAACUGAUCCGAAGUCCUGGCUUGAACGAUCGUUCUGCGACAAUAGUUGUUAUAAAUAACCCCUUGAAAUUUUAUAAAAAUGACCCGGAUCCUGGUACAAUAAUCUUUUCAUGGAUGAAUGAAGUUUUAAAGUAUAUAACGCAUGUGAGGUUUUACAUAUUCUGUAUGCAAGUAUAGAUCUAUAGUUUAAUUGUGAUUACAUGGAUAAUAUUAACAUUUAAUACAUUAAUAUAUUAACAUUUGAAACAAUCUUAAAGAAC